AUGGCGUGGAUGAUCGGUGAUGGAGAAGACUCCUGCGAAGCUUCGCAGGAAGUCCUCUUGGUGGAGGAAGCCAAAAAGAAAUUCCAGGCCAUUCAACAAGCCUAUUCUGUUUUAUCAGACGAGAAUAAGAGGUUCAUGUACGACGUCGGAGUCUACGAUAGCGAUGAUGACGAAAGUGGUAUGGGUGAUUUUUUGAGCGAGAUGGCUGUAAUGAUGAGUCAAACAAAGCCUAAUCAGGAAAGUGGGGAAGAAACCUUUGAAGAAUUGCAGCAACUAUUUGAAGAUAUGUUUCAAGGGAACAGUGAUGCAUUUGGAUCAAGUAAUAGUACUUCCUACUGCGAAACCUCAACGACAUCUUCGACGUCCUAUGCAUCUUAUAAUUGUGAAAGUUCAAGUUCCAGUAAUAAACGUAGCUCCACCGAUAUGAACAAUGGAAUUAGGACAAAUGGGAAUGAUUCUUCUUCAGGCUUUGCUGCUCAUCUUCAGAGCUUUUGUGUGGGGGUUAGUUAGACCCUAUUUUCAGCCCUAACCGAUUUACUAAAAUCAUGGGAUCCAGUGAAAAAUAAGAGUUUAAUUAGUCAACUCCAACGAUUAAUUAAGAAGCUUCUCAUUCGCAAAAAUUUUGAGAAAGAUUAAUUAGUCACAUUUUGAAGUCUUAGGGUUGCAUAGUUCGUGAGAUUGAACCCAUCUAUCCACCUGAAAAUCAGAUUCAUGAGUUUGCCAUAUUUGGAAUGUAAGUAUAUAACAUAAACAUAUAUUAUAUAUCAUGUCUAUAUAUACUUAUGGUUAAUUACUACUUCUUU